AUGGGUCUGCGUGCCGGUCUGGGUCUUUCUUUUGCCUUCACAAGUGAGGAAACGGACGAGAAACGGGCUAAUCAGCUGACGUUUGCUCCGGGGGGAUCUGGCCGAACGUGGGGUGGUUUGGGUGGUUUUCCCCCCGACUUCCUAGUAGUGGCUUUUUUGGCGGGCUUUUUCUUUGCGGCGGGAGGGAAAGGAGAAGGAAGAGGAGAAAGAAGGGGAAACGGGCGCGAGAAGAGGUCGACUGAGAGUAGUAACAGGCGCUCUUCUGCGCUGCCCGGUCCGUUACAAGUCUGGUCUGCUCGGGUUCCGUGUGUGAGGGCAGAAUGGCUAAGGGAAGGGGGCAGCUGGGCUGGUGCCAGCAGCACCAGGAGAAUCUCCUGCGAUCAGCAACCGGUUCGCAGGGCCUUUAGGAACUCUCAUGAAGCCAUUCCAGGUCCAUUCUCCUGCUGCUCUGCCUUCUGGUCUGAUCGUAACCUUCCUUACGCUGGAUACUGUAUGCCUGCGGUAAUACCGUCCGCUGUCUCGUAUGGUAAGCAGCGCGUGUCCGCUCGCUAUCCCGCAUCGGGACGUCAGGUGACACCAAGCCAUUCCCUUUCGGGUAAAAUGAGGGACGCUAGGGCGUCAUUGCCGGUCCUUGGCGGCCCCGAGCCGUCUUGA